AUGGGCCUGAGCUCCUCCAGGGUGCCCAGGGUGGCCCCAGUGCCCGCCCAGGGGGAUGGGCCCGCGCUGCGUGCCCUGCAGGGGCUGCCCACAGAGCCAGGCCGGGCCCCAGCCUGGGCACAGCCGAUAUUGCAGCUGGAACUGCCUCCUCUGAGGGAGACCCGGUACGGGAGAGCCUCUGCAGGGCCCCUCUCUUGGAACACCUUGCCAGGACAGGAUGGGACCAGCAUCAUCAAACAGCACCCACCUCGAAGGCCUCAGAGGCUUGAACCUGCCAUCCCUCCCCAAGCAAUCACUCCUGCGAAGCCCUGGAGUCAGCCAGCAGUGGCUGCAAGCCCAAAACCAAAGGUGCUGGAGAAGAGGGGGCAAAGCCUGAAUCUCCUCCCUGGCAGGAGGCAGCACUUGCACAAGCUUCAGAUGCUGGACUUGACCCGCAAGCGACGAGAGGCGGAGCUGAAGAGGAAUCUCCACAGGGAGGCGAAAAUCAAUAAGCAAAACAUCAAGGAAUUCAGCCCCAAGGAUGUCCUUGACGCUCCCCAGAGGGGUGACAGCACCAGCAGCCCGGACCCCAUCCCUGCUGGGCACAAUCAGCGUUUUCCUGAAGACGACCCUGGACUCUGCAGGGCUGAACCCUCUCCAGACAGGAGGGGGAAGGUUGACCUGUGGUUCUGCAGGGAGCCACGGACCAGGGAUCUGUUCUGGGACUCCUCCAGCACAGACUCAGAGGAGUGGGAAGAGAGGAUUCACCACAAACCCACACUCGUGAGGACCAAGACAGAGAGAAUUUCCCUCUUUGAUGACUUCUUUGACAGGGAUUUCUAG